AUGGCCACCCUUGUUGCACCGGUGGCCUAUGGUCUACUCAAUGUAGUAUCGGCCACUGGCAUUGUAUUUGCGAACAAAGCAGUGUUCAGCGUCGUCAAAUUCAGCUUCACGUAUGCCCUGACUUUCAUACACACGCUCUUCACGCUGGCGGGCAUGCACGUCUUCCUCAGGUUUGGGAUAUUCGAGCGGAAGACAGUGCCACGGCGCAAGAUGCUCCCCCUGGCGGCCGCCUACGUCGGCUACAUCGUGCUGUGCAACCUGAACCUGAACCUUAACCCAGUGGGGUUCUACCAGAUCACCAAGAUCGCGGUGGCCCCCGCCGUCCUCGCCAUCGAGGCGGUAGCCUACGGCAAGCGGGCCAGCCCCGCCGUCGGCGGCGCGGUGGCCCUGGUCUGCGCGGGCGUGGGCCUGGCCACCGUCACCGACCCUCAGAUCGCCAGCAACGCGGCCGGCCUGGGUGCGGGCUUCGGCUCCGUGGCCGCCACCGCCAUGUACCAGAUCUGGGCCGGGGUCAAGCAGAAGGAGCUGGGCCUGGGGUCCAUGCAGCUGCUGCACCAGUAUGUGCCGCUGGCCGCCGCCAUGCUGGGCGGCCUGGUGCUGCUGCUGGAGCCUGUGGGGCUGCUGGCGCCGGGGCCGGGCACGCUGCUCGGCUUCCACUACACGCCGGGCGGCCUGGCCACCAUCGCCGUGUCGGCCGCGCUGGGGCUGCUGGUCAACCUCUCCACCUUCCUGGUUAUCGGCGCCACCAGCAGCCUGACCUACAAUGUGGUGGGCCACGUCAAGACCGUGCUCAUCCUGUCGGGCGGCGUCGCCUUCUUCGGCGACGUCAUGCCCGCCAAGAAGAUGGCCGGCAUCGGCGUCGCCAUGCUCGGCAUCAUCUGGUACUCCCACAUCAAGUUGAGAGAGGCCAAGAUGACCGCCAGCGCAAAGCUGCAGCUCCCCACGGCCACCCUGGCCACCAACCGUCUGGGUGAGCGGGCGGGGGUGUUGUCCUCGGUCGACCUGGUCAAGCGCCGGCAGCUGUCGGCGUCGCCGGAGCCAGCCGGCAAGGUCUGA